AUGGUGCGGGGUGCGAAUGCCCUCCCUUCACCCAAUGGCCUAUCCUCCCUACCCCCACUGCCAUAUCCUUUCCCUUCCCCCACUGCCCUAUCCUCCCUACCCCCACUGCCCUAUCCUCCCUUCCCCCACUGCCAUAUCCUCCUUCCCCCCCCAUGCCAUACCCUCCCUACCCCCUCUGAUUUAGCCUCCCUUCCCCCACUGCCAUAUUCUUUCCCUACCCCCACUGCGCUAUCCUCCCUACCCCCACUGCCAUAUCCUCCUUUCCCCCCCUGUCGUACCCUCCCUACCCCCACUGAUUCACCCGUCCCUUCCCCCACGGCCCUAUCCUCCCUACCCCCACUGCCAUAUCCUUACCCUUCCCCCACAGACAUAUCCUACCUUCCCCCACUGCCAUAUCAAACCUUACCCCCACUGCCAUAUCCUUUCCCUUCCCCCACUGCGCCAUCCUCCCUUCCUCCCAUGCCAGAGCCUCCCUACCCCCACUGCCAUAUCCUCCCUUCCCCCAUUGCCAUAUCCUUUCCCUACCCCCACUGCCAUAUCCUCCCUAUCCCCACUGAUUUAGCCUCCCUUCCCCCAUUGCCUAUCCUUUCCCUUACCCCACUGCCUAUCCUUUCCCUUCCCCCACCGUCAUUUCCUCCUUUCCCCCCCUGCCGAACCCUCCCUACCCCCACUGAUUUAGCCUCCCUUCCCCCACUGCCAUAUCCGUUCCCUUCCCCCACUGCCAUAUCCGUUCCCUUCCCCCACUGCCAUAUCCGUUCCCUUCCCCCACUGCCAUAUCCGUUCCCUUCCCCCACUGCCAUAUCCGUUCCCUUCCCCCACUGCCAUAUCCUCCUCCCCCCCCCAUGCCAUACCCUCCCUACCCCCACUGCGCUAUCCUCCCUACCCCCACUGCGCUAUCCUCCCUACCCCCACUGCGCUAUCCUCCCUACCCCCACUGCCAUAUCCUUUCCCUUCCCCCACUGCCAUAUCCUCCCUACCCCCCCCGCCCCCCACUGCCAUAUCCUUUCCCUUCCCCCACUCCCAUAUCAUCCCUUCCCCCACUGCCAUAUCCUUUCCCUAUCCCCACUGCCAUGUCCUCCCUUCCUCCAUGCUUUUUCCUCCCUACCCCCAUGCCAUAUCCUCCCUACCCCCAUGCCAUAUCCUCCCUACUCCCCCUACUAUAUCCUCGCUUCGCCCACAGCCAUAUCGUUCCUUCCCCCACUGCCAUAUCCUCCCUUCCCCUACUUCCAGAUCCUACCUUCCCCCUCCACUCUAUACUCCCUACCCCCACUGCAGCCGCCAUUUCCCUUCCCCCUCUCCCCUUUCCUCCCUCCAACCUAUGCCUCUUUCUUAUCCGGAAUGGUGCAGCAUUAUCCGUCAACUGCCACGUCAUCAGCCGGCCGGUCCCGCCGCGUGGCGGAUUCGACGGACUGGAUAGCUUCGGCGGUGACACGUAGGUUCGGCAUCGGCGCGGGGCUGGCGUGGGUGGGGUUCCUGGCGUUCGGCGUGGUGUCGGAGCAGAUCAAGACGCGGCGCGAGGUGUUUCUGGAAGAGAGCAACACGCGGGAUGUGGAGGAUGCGGAGGAGACGGAGCUCCCCAAUGGGGUCCGAUUCACCGAUCUGAGAGUGGGAGGCGGCGCCAUCCCUCAGAAGGGAGACCUGGUGCUCGUCUCCCUUACAGGCCGCAUCUCACUACCAGCACAAGCCAACACUAAUGAAUCUGAACCUGAACCUGAGCCAGUUACAUUCAUCGACACUACAGCGUCCGGGGCGCGGGACCUGGUGUUUUCGUUUGGCGUGCGGCCGUUCCCCAGGGGAGUUACUGAGGGGCUGGUUAUGGCGAUGGCGACGAUGCGGGCUGGCGGGAGGAGAAAAGUUUUGGUGCCCGCGGAUCUGGGGGACCGGCAGGGCAGCGGUGAAAUGUUUGCAGGCGGAGCAGGAGGGGGUGGGGCUGCUGGUGGGGCGAUUCUAGAAUAUGUUGUGGAGCUCAAACGAGUGUCCAUCCCGCCUUCGUAG